AUGUAUAUAAGAAGAAGAAUCAAAGAAAAGAAAGAAAAGGGUAAGAGAGAGAAAGACGGAGAGAGAGCGGAACAAAGGUCAAAGCAAAGCAGUUGGGGGUAUUUGUAUUUGUAUAGGGGUAAUGAUUUUGGAGAUCAGAAACUCGUGAUGAGAAUUUUCUCUCUUUUGAAUCAGAAUGUGCAGAUGCAGGAUCAGAGAUAAUAGAGUAUAGAAGCAUACCAAAGCAGCAGUCCUAGGCAGGUAUUAUCACUGCUCCAUAAGGAAUUUACACCUCCAUCUCUUCCUUUUUUCAUCUCGUGAUCCUUCUGUACUGUCCUUCUGCUCGUUUCUAUUCUGCUGCUUUACACUAGAGAGUUCCAACAAGAUUGUUAUUUAAUUUCUGGGAUAAGUGGAAGCUAAUUUGCAAACUGGGUGUUAGUUUUCUGGGAAAAAGGAGGUGACUUUGGUGGUGUUUUGAGGAGGGGAGAAAUGGGUAGUUGUGGGAGAAGUGGUGCUGUGAGGCAGUAUAUAAGAUCCAAGGUUCCUCGUUUGAGAUGGACUCCCGAGCUUCAUCACUGUUUUGUUCAUGCCAUUGAGAGGCUUGGUGGUCAAGACAAAGCCACUCCUAAGCUUGUUCUUCAGCUCAUGGAUGUGAAAGGACUUACCAUAUCUCAUGUCAAAAGCCAUCUACAGAUGUAUAGAAGCAUGAAGAGUGAUCUGGGCAGCAGACAAGAUAGGAGUUCUACCCAUCAAAGAAGACAAUCUUUUGAGGGUCAUGAUGAUGUGGGUUUGAACCCAUCUCCAAAACCCAUUGAAGAAUCGGAUUCUCACUUGAUCCGCAGCAGUAUUCCUCGCCCUUUGAAAAGAGCUAGAAUAGAUCAGAGCAGCAGGAGUUCAAUCUCUGAUCAGAACCUGCAACGAUGCAGCAGCCAAGGUGCUUGUGAGACAGACUCAAAACCGUACUCUUUUGAUGAUUAUUUUCUGCAGCACAAGGGAAUAAAGGGAGGAAAUGGUGGUUUCACCUCACUAAGUCACAGUCUUUACUCCUUAAAAUAUUCAGUGGAAAGAUCUGAUUUUCAUCUUACGAAUGACAAGGAAGAGGUAGGAAGUGAUAGAAGAUCAGGGCAAGACGAAGAAGAAGAUGAACUAUCCCUGACGCUCUCUCUACAUCGUCCAUCGUUGCAUAGAAGCAACAUUUCGACUGGUUCGUCUUCUAUUAGCGAGAUGAGUGAGGGCUUCACUUCUUCUGGCCAACAUGCUAUAAACCUAGAGUUGUCUAUUGCCCUUUGUGGUACCUGAUGUUUUCCACUGCUAAUAUGUUGCUGUAAAUUAUAUAAUCACUUGCAACUGCCUUUUUUUUUUCUUCCGUUUUUCUGUUUUGGAUUUGUCUCAUCUAUCUUUGCUUAGGCUAGUUUAGCAUUUCAGCUCAACAUUUUUGUAAUAGACAAAUUUCCAUCUACGGUUAGAGUAUAUCUAAAUGUUAAGAGCAUGUUCAUGGUUAAGGGGAAAAAUUCUUACAUCCAUUAGUUAAGGAGAGAUUUAUGGAGUUAAAUGAAAUAUGGAUUAUUUC